AUGUUCAGCAGACGCUACGAACCAUCACAGACUGUGAACAAGAGCUUCUCAAAGAGCCACAAGGCAUCUAAAUCCAGCUCAUCAUUCAGCAAAUCCAGCGGCGUUUCGAAACAUCGCCAUGAAUCCCGCCACAGCCGAAGGCCAUUAACUGCCACUACGACCACGAGCACUGCUACCGAGGAUACUUCCAUGAGCAAAACCCUCCCUGAAACCAGCAACCUCACCUCCGCAAUCGUAACCCUCGUCGUCGGCACAGAACAGCGCCUCUUCGCCGCCCAUGAAGAUGUCCUCUGCGCAUCGCCCUUUUUCCAAAACGCCCUCCGCGCCAACCUAUACGGCAGCCCCGCCGACGUCGUCGGCUCCCCGGCCUCCGUAGCCUCCUCCUCGGCCGCCCCGACUAAGCGCAUCGCCCUCCCCGACGAGGAGCCCGAGAUCUUCUCGUCCGUGCUGGAGUAUCUCUACAAGGGCGACUACUACCCGCGCUUGGUGCACAACAAGCGCCGUAAUUCGUGGGAGAUUGAGGCCCUUAGCAGCAACGGAGAAAACGGCCGCGGGGGCGUCGAGUCGACCGUAUACCACCACGGCGUCGACGGCGAUUUGCUCAAGGACACGGUGAUUUACUGCGCUGCGGAGAAGUACGGUCUCGAGGAGCUCAAGAGGGUUUCGCUGAGGAAGCAGGGUCUUCAAUCCGGCAUCCAGUGCAGCACCAUCCUGGCGUCGGCCCGAUACGCCUAUGCCAACACGCCCGACAGCGACUCGAAGCUGCGGGCGCACUACCUCGCCCUCAUCAUCCGCAGCCGAAGCACCUUUAAGCGGAGCGGCACGAUGCAGCUGGAGAUGUACAACGGCGGCACCCCGCUCUUCUUUGACCUCUUUGUCGCGCUUUGCAACCACGUCGACGACAUCUCGACCGUAAACUCUCCUCGCACACCCCGUGGUGGCCGUUUUUAA